GGUACGCUUAUGUCACGCUACCCAAGGUGCUGAUGGAGGCGUGGUAUGCGGUGAUGUUGGCCAUGAACUCCGCCAUCGUCACUCUCAGCUUUAUUGCCAUAACGACCAUCGUCUGCAAUUUCAACCGGGCCGCGCAAGAGAUCCUCGAUGGGCUGAACAGCUUGUCCCCGCGUCUUUCCCUCUUAUCUGUCGCGGAAUUAUUACCUCUGGUCAGCCAGUUUGAAAUGCAACUGGAAACAUUAGGCGGCAUCCAUGAAGACAUGGAGACAUCGGUCGGACUGCCGUUGCUUCUGAUCAGCGCGUCGACCUUCUAUUCACUAACCUCCACGGUAGCCCAAAUGAUGGUGGAGACGGACACUCCGCGUCAUCCAUUAUUUUGGGCCUAUUUCGGUGCGCAUAAUUUAUUGCACUUGAGCAUGAUGAUUACCCUUAUCGUACUGGUGGACCGAGCGACAAACAAGAACAACAACAUUGCAAAGAUUUCCCGCCGGUUGUUGGGUGACUGUAUUAGACUGCGGCAGGAAGAGGUUCACAAGCCGACCCAGACAACGGAGGACGAACCGAUGGCUACCGGACAGAGCACAAGUUCGACAACGGAUAAGAGCGUUGCCGCCACCGGAGUGCCGUCGCGCAAAGGUCUACCUUCCGUUAUGAAAAGAGUGGUGACCGCCGCCAAGUCGCAUUGCCACAUGGAGUUUUAUGCUUUCCGUAUGGUCAGCGUGGAACGCGUAAUGAUCAUUACGGUUCUCGGUCUGGUUGCGCUGGCUGCCUUAUUUUUUUGGGAUCGCAGGGAAGGGUUCGCAGGAGGAGGAUGUCCGGCGUUGACCGGAAACCAGACAGGAGUUCAGGCCAACAGCACGGCAACCAUGGAUGUAUAACAUGAUUAAUUUAUUCUUUACACCUUUUACAACGCAUUUGAUGUGGAUUCACCGGAGCACUCCCAUGACAGUCCCAUCAAUGUUUUUUGGAAUUACUAACGGGCUUCUUCAGUAGAAUUAUUUUUCAUUUUUAGCAUUCCUGGCAGUAUUGAGCUUGCAUAUAUAUUGGCACAAAACGUUACACAUAAACUGGAAUUUUAAAUCAGCGCGCCUGUGUUAAACAAAUACCAUGCUUUUUUA